UUGAAAGGAAAUGUUAAGUAAGGGGCUGCCCCAAGGCUAUAUAAUGGUUAAGGCUUCACUGGGGAAAUGGAACAGAACAGGCCACAUCAUCAAGCUAAUACAACUAUCUCUGGGAUCUCUAGACCAACCAAGCAUGUCACAGCCUGGUGAGGUGAAAAAGAAGCGUCCAGCGAUGAAGGAGGAGGACCUCAAAGGAGCCCGUAGUAAGCUGGGACUGAAAGGCGAGGUCAAGAGUAAAACCUAUGAAGUUAUGGUGGAUUGUGAACGCAUGGGCAAAGUAGCUCCAUCUGUAUUCAGCAGUGUAAGAUCAGGAGCAGAGACAGCCUUGGAAAAGUCUCCUGCCAAAGCCCCUGGAGCCAGUGUGUUUGGCAAGUAGACAACAAGUCACAUCAGAGGAGCAGGACUUAAAUGAGCUAACAGCACUGAUGUAGUUGGUGUGUUUGUGGGUGUGGCGUGUACGUAAUGUGAAUGGCAUAUGAGUCAUUAUAGGCCCCAGGCUGUUGUCUCCAUCUCCACCUAGACCUGAAACUGAGAAGAAAACGAGAGGGCAAGUUUGUGCAAUACGGACACUGUCGGUGUGUAAAGCAGCAGUGUUUUUCAAUUUUUACAGUCAGGGAAUUCAACUCCCCUCAACUGGAAUGGCUUUUGUUUUGGACACUAAAACUGGGACUUACGUGCUGAAAAUCACCUUUGAGAAUUAUUUUUAUAUUGUUUUGAGUGCUACUGACUGUUAAAAAAAAUCCUUUUUUUUUCAUUUUUGUAAAUGAAAUGUUCUUUUUGACCAGUUGAUCAGAUACAGUAAAUAAAUGUCUCUGUCCCUCUCU